AUGGAUAGUGCGGGAUCCGCUCGCCACCCGUUGGCAGUGGCGACGAUAGCCGUGGCGAUCUCGCUUGGCUGUGCGGCCGCGGUGUACGGCGGGACCGGGCACGGUACGGGCAACACCGCCGCCUCCGCUCCGUCGUCGCUACUGACCAAGUUACCGCAACCGCAGUUACCGAAAUUUCCGGUGAUCUACACGUACGGGAAACACUGGUCGCCGCGACCGCCUACGACGAGUCCUCCGACUACUCCGCGCAACAAACAGCAAGGGUCGCAGCGACCUCCGCAGCCACAGCCACAGAAGCCAUCUAAGCCGCAGUGGAAGCGCCCGCCAAAACCGACGGCGGACAAACGACCGGACGGACGGGAUCCGUACCAGUCGUCGACAAACGCGUCCGUGACGACUUCACCGAGACCGAAGCUGGAGACGACCACCCAAGAUCGGGCCAUCAUCACUGUGCCGCUGAAAGGUUGUCCCGAAGGUCAACGGAUGAGCCCCGACCGGGUCUGCAGACCCAAGUUUCCCAACCCGGAGGACGAGGAAUCCAAAUAG